GCCUUCCCCGCGAGCUAGCCAGAUUCGCCGGCGCUGCCGGGAAGAGGGAGGGAAAGGCAGCGGCUGGAGGCUGGGGACCACCGGGUCCUGAGACAGAGGAGGAACGCGCUACGGUGCCCUCCCCUCUCCUGCGCGCUCACUCUGCCCUCCCCACGCCACUCGCCCACCGACCGCACCCGGCUCCACUGGGAAGCACCCGGGCCAAGCUGGGGCGGGGGCCCUCCCUGCCUCUCGGGCACCUCGGAGAGAAGGACUCGGCGCCGGGGACCGCGCCCGGGCUGAGGCGCCCCUGGCACCGAGAGCGCUGGUUGCGCCAGACGUGGCCUGAUGGACGCCUGGUGUGGACGAUGAGGGAAGAACAUGCCUCCCACACCCCAGAGGUGACCCUGGAGCGCGCCCUGGAUGCCCUUGCGACCCAGAACCAUGCGCCUGGCCUGCAUGUUCUCCUCCAUCCUCCUGUUUGGAGCUGCAGGCCUCCUUCUCUUCAUCAGCCUGCAGGACCCCACAGAGCUCGCCCCCCAGCAGGUGCCAGGAAUGAAGUUCAACAUCAGGCUGCAGCAGCCCCACAAUGCUUUCUCACUAGGAAGUUCCCAGGAUGGUGACUUGAAGGUGCCCACAGAGCGGGGCACCCGUGACGGGUUUAGUCCCUCUCCCAGGGGCCUCAACCCCCAGAGGGACAGCCUGGGGCCUCUGGUGCAUGACCAGCCAGGACCCCACCUAAAGAUGGGGGCUCGCCCGCGACUCCAGCAGCGGCGGCGGCGGCUGCUUAUCAAGAAAAUGCCUGCUGCCGCAGCCAUCCCAGCCAACAGCUCAGCCGGCACCCUGGAAAGGCCGGGCCCCCGGGCCCUGAACGGCCACUGGGUCAGCCUGCAAGAGAGCCAGCAGGAGCGCAAGAGGCUGAUGCGAGAGGCGUGUGCCAAGUACCGGGCAAGCAGCAGCCGCAGGGCCGUCACGCCGCGCCACGUGUCCCGCAUCUUCGUGGAGGACCGUCACCGCGUCCUCUACUGCGAGGUGCCCAAGGCCGGCUGCUCCAACUGGAAGCGGGUGCUGAUGGUGCUCGCCGGGCUGGCCUCGUCCACCGCCGACAUCCAGCACAACACCGUGCACUACGGCAGCGCCCUGAAGCGGCUGGACACCUUCGACCGCCAGGGCAUCCUCCACCGCCUCAGCACCUACACCAAGAUGCUCUUCGUCCGAGAGCCCUUCGAGAGGCUUGUCUCCGCCUUCCGCGACAAGUUCGAGCACCCCAAUAGCUACUACCACCCAGUCUUCGGCAAGGCCAUCCUGGCCCGCUACCGGGCCAACGCCUCGCGGGAGGCGCUGCGGACAGGCUCCGGUGUGCGGUUCCCCGAGUUUGUCCAGUACCUGCUGGACGUGCACCGGCCCGUGGGCAUGGACAUCCACUGGGACCACGUCAGCCGCCUCUGCAGCCCCUGCCUCAUCGACUACGACUUUGUGGGCAAGUUUGAAAGCAUGGAGGACGAUGCCAACUUCUUCCUGAGCCUGAUCCACGCACCACAAAACCUGACCUUCCCUCGGUUCAAGGACCGGCACUCGCAGGAGGCGCGGACCACAGCCAGGAUCACACACCAGUACUUCUCCCAGCUCUCCACCCUGCAGAGACAGCGCACCUACGACUUCUACUACAUGGACUACCUGAUGUUCAACUACUCCAAGCCCUUCGCUGACCUGUACUGAGGGGCGGGCCCGCUCCAGCCACUCCCCCUCCGCAGGCACCCUGCUCUCCUGUCUCCACCGGCCCCCAGUCCAGCAGCUGAGGGGUAUCCUGAGCAACAGGGCCCCAAGGACAUGAGGAGCUGUGGCUGCAGGUGAAGCAGGUGGGGGACAGAAGCCCCAGGCCUUGGAUGGGGACUCUGGCCCUUGUCUGAGACCCCUUCCCUCCCUUCUUGGCUGAAGGAGAUGCCCUUGGGGGUAGGCUAGACACCUUAGAGUGUCACUCUGCUCAGCUAAGUCUCACAAUGACCAGGGAAGCCUGAGGCCCAGAGGAUGAGGGCCCCAGCCUUGAGGGAUGCCCUGCAGUCCCUGAACCAUUGCCUUGUACCAAACCACGUGGUUUGCGCUUUUCUACAAUCCAGGGGGAACUCCCCUUGAAAUGAGGUUUCAAAUAAAGCACAUGGUUUCCAGAGCAGCUGGGUCUGCACUCUGUCUGGUGGUGUGGGAUCACCUGAUUUCUCCACAUGCCGUCUGGGGCUGUCCCCUCCCCAGUGCAGCCUGAGCCAAGUCCUACAGGCCCUGCUGUAGGGAAGCCCAGGGC